ACAGAAACAGAAGAGAGAUCCUGCAAUAACUAAACUCUUCAUUGCUUCCACCUCUUAGAAGAGAGAAGAAGAUGGUGAUGGGUGGCUCAGAUCAACUGCCCUGCCAUCACAAAAUGGUGAUUGGAGAGAUCACCAGAAGCCACCAGCUUGUCGCUAAGCUGCGAUCACUAGUGCUGACUUCACCGCCGACGUCUGAGUGGCGGCCGGAGCUCGCGAAUAAUCUCUUUGAAGAGGUGUUGGAAUCUUAUAAGGUGUCGGUCUCCAUGCUUCUCCGUCCUUGUAGUUGCUUUGCUGAGGCUUCCGAAGUGAACUGCUCUAAAGGAAGCUUGGCAGUGGAAGAGGGGACGAUGAACGCUGAGGAUCAACAAGAAAGGAUGGACAUCGGUUAUGCCCAUGUUUCAAGGAAAGAGCCACUCUCAACGGCUUCAACCACGACUACCCUGCAUCUCGAUGGCCAUCAGUGGAGAAUGUCUGGUAAAAAAAAGACCAGCAAUGGCGACAUUCCAAGGUAA